AUGGCUAUGACCAAUGCUGAAAGAAUGAAAAAAUAUCGAGAAAAAAUUAAAAAGGAUAAAGUUAAAUACGAGGCAAUGAAGGCAAAAGCUCGUGCUCGUAAUAAUUCAAUAAGAACAGUAUUAAGAGGAGCAAGUUUAGCUAAAUUUCGUGCUGAAAACAAAAUGCGUCAACAAAAAUUUCGAGAAAAUAAAAAACAAAGUUUAAUUGAUAAACCUUUUCCGAGUUCUUUCAAGAGCCGGCAAUCAUUUGGUAAGGCUUUAAAAAAAGUAAAUUCAUCGCUUCCUAAAUGCGACUUAAAGAAAAAAGUUAUCAUUCAACAUAUUGCUCAAAGUGUUGGUUUAGUUCCUAAAUCUACACAUAAACGUACUACACUGCAACUUGCCGAUAAAUUAAAAAAUGAUGUACAUAAUUUCUACUUGCGAGAUGAUGUUUCAUAUCAAUUGCCAGGUAAAAAGGAUACAGUUGUUGUUCAAGAGGAUGAUGGAAGUAAAGUAACUUAUCAAAAAAGAAUUUUGUUUAAUAAUUUACGUGAAAAUUAUGAAUUGUUCAAAGAAGAGAAUAAAAAUGUUUUAUUAAGUCGUACGUCAUUUGCUGAAUUGAGACCACCAUUUGUUGUUCCAAAAGCUGCUUUGGCUCAUAGGAAUUGUUUGUGUUUAUAUCAUGAAAAUAUUUGUUUACUUUUGAAAUCUAUUGAUAAAUAUGUUGAUGGAAAAUUCUGUUCAUCUUUGCAAAUUUUUACUGAUAGUUUAGUUUGUAGUACAAAUAAUGAAGAAUGUAUGUUUAGUUCUUGCUCACUAUGUGAAGAUUUCUUUACAGAAAAAGUUGAGGAAAACGUUUCAGAUGGUAAUGCUAAAAUUACUUGGUCACAAUGGAUAAAUGAAAACGGUCGUGCCGAAAAAAAAGAUUUUUCAGGAAGUGUUGAUGAAGCAAGCAAUCAAAGUGUUUUGAAAAAUUGA